AUGCCACGAAAGAAACAGAUCAAAUCAACUCGGGUGCUUGACCCUGCCGUAUGGGAUCAAGUAGUUGAUUCACCUGAGGGAGCAAAACACGAAGCAUCCGCGAAACAUGUCGCAAAGCUGGGUGAUUUUCAUGCCAUGCGCGCCACAGCUGCAGAACUCCGGGAGGACAACCAACAAAAUCUCGAUGAAGGUGGCAAUGUUGAGCCAGCUAGCGCGGUAUUGGCGCCGGAAAUAGGAAACCCAGCAAACGAGCAGGUGUGCCCACCAGAGCUGCUAACAUGGGCCCCAUACGCGGGAAUUGCACAUUUCCCCGAUGGCAUGAUCCGUGAGGAUAAUCACACAAUCGAUGGAGCUGGUAGUCAGUUUAGCAAGGAAAUCUCUGACUCAGACUAUGUUCCAUCUGAAGCUCGGUCUGUACUACUCUCUGAAUUGGACUCCGACAAUGAGGCCAACGGCGAAGGGUGGGAGAUGAACCCCGGGGAUCUCAGAGCUAUGGUUGAAGCAGUCAUGCCUUCAGUACAAGGAACUCGUCCUCAACUGCCACCGACCCAAAAGCAUCGGCAGACUGAUAAAUCGUGGUGGCCCUUCCGUUCCAAAGAGUUAAUGUUCCGACUAUUUGGAAUCAAGCUACCUGAUUGGACCACCAUUCGUCGGGCGAAGGCCGACAUGCGGGCCCUACUUAAAAUGGAUGUCCAGUAUUCGAAAUCCAUCUUCAACACACCCACCUACGCAUUAAGUCUCAAGCAGAUCCUUGCCCAGGAAAUAGCCAACCCCUUAGUUAGUCCAGUCCUAGAAUUCUAUCCCCAAGACGCACGGGGUAAAGAUAUAUACAAGUUGUCUCAGUCUUGGAAGUGGCUAGAGGGGCUGGACUCAUCUUCGCGUGCGCCCAUGGUCCGAACAGAAAAUGUCGGAGGCGAAAUGUGGUCCAAAUGUGUCCCUCUUGAAUUCAAUCCUGAAGUCAAUGGGCCCCAUCUCCGGUUGACGAUCCCGGGGCAUACUUCUUUCACAUCGGCACAUGUGCUCACUAUUCCGGUGGUGUUGUGA